CCGUCCACCUCCGCCUCGGCCGCAACCGCGUCCGACCCGGACGCGGCGCUCGUCGCGGCCGUGGCGGACGCGCUCGUAUCGGCGUCCCGCCUGCCCGCCCCGGUGCCCAUGCCCACCCUCCUGGCCGCCUACCUCCCGCGCCUCACCGCCUCCCACCACCCGCGCGUGCUCGCCGUCGCGGCCUCCAACCCGGCGCUCGCCUCGCCGGAGUCGCUCCUCGCCUACCGCAGCUUCCUCUCGCCGCCCUCCUGCCUGCCCUCCCUCCUCCCGCUCCUCCCCGUCCUCCCCUACCGCCACCUCUUCCCGCUGCUCCUCUCCUUCGUCCCGCUCGACCCGCUCCGCCACCUCCACCGGCACCUCCUCGGCCACCUCCCCUCGACCCCUCUCGCCGACGCCGCGCUCUGCGCCUACUCCCGCCUCCGCCUCCCCCACCUCGCCGCCCAGCUCCUCCACUCCCUCCGCCGCCGCAUCCGCGUCCGCCCCUCCCUCCAGGCCGCCAACGCCGUCCUCUCCGCGCUCGCGCGCAGCCCCUCCACCUCCCCGCAGGCCUCCCUGGACGCCUUCCGCUCCCUCAUCGCGCUCCGCCUCCACCCCAACCACUACACCUUCAACCUCCUCGUGCACACCCACUGCUCCAAGGGCACCCUCGCCGACGCCCUCGCCACGCUCUCCACCAUGCAAGGGUUCGGCCUCUCCCCCGACGCCGUCACCUACAACACGCUCCUCCACGCGCACUGCCGGAAAGGCAUGCUCGGUGAGGCGAGGACUCUGCUGGCGAGAAUGAAGAAAGAGGGGAUCACGCCCACGCGGCCGACGUACAAUACCCUUGUGUCGGCUUACGCGAAGCUGGGGUGGAUUAAGCAGGCGACCAAGGUCUUGGAGGCCAUGACGGCCAACGGGCUGGAGCCUGACCUGUGGACGUACAAUGUGCUUAUCGCUGGGCUGUGCCAGGCAGAGAAGGUGGAUGAGGCGUUUAGGCUGAAGGAUGAGAUGGAGCGGCUCGGCACUUUGUUGCCUGAUGUAGUGACCUACAAUACACUCGCUGAUGCGUGCUUUAAGUGGAGGUGUUCGUCUGAUGCACUGAGGCUGCUCGAGGAAAUGCGUGAGAAGGGGGUGAAGCCGACUUUGGUCACACAUAACAUUGUUAUCAAGGGGCUUUGCAAGGAUGGGGAAUUGGAGGAGGCGUUGGGGUGUUUCAAGAAGAUGGCAGAUGAAGGUUUAGCACCAGAUGUGAUCACGUAUAAUACGUUGAUUGAUGCAUACUGCAAGGCUGGCAAUGUCGCCAAAGCAUUUGCACUAAUGGAUGAGAUGGUCGGUAGGGGACUCAAAUUGGACACCUUCACGCUUAAUACCGUGCUAUAUAAUCUGUGCAAGGAGAAGCGUUAUGAAGAGGCUCAAGGGCUGCUACAAUCUCCAUCCCAAAGGGGUUUUGUGCCCGAUGAAGUCAGCUAUGGCACAGUGAUGGCAGCCUACUUCAACGAGUAUAAUCCGGAGCCUGCUCUGCGUCUGUGGGAUGAGAUGAUUCAGAGGAAGUUGACACCAACUAUUUCGACUUACAACACAUUGAUCAAGGGGCUUGGCAGAAUGGGGAGGUUGAAAGAGGCGAUUGAUAAGUUGAAUGAGCUCAUGGAGAAGGGGUUGGUACCAGAUGACACCACGUACAAUAUCGUCAUCCAUGCCUACUGCAAGGAAGGGGACUUGGAGAAUGCCUUCCAGUUCCACAACAAGAUGGUGGAAAAUUCCUUUAAGCCAGAUGUUGUUACUUGCAACACUUUGAUGAAUGGACUGUGUCUGCAGGGGAAGCUUGACAAAGCAAUGAAGCUCUUUGACUCAUGGGUAGAGAAAGGGAAGAAGGUUGAUGUUAUCACAUAUAACACCCUAAUACAUGCUAUGUGCAAAAAUGGGGAUGUUGAUGCUGCUUUGCAUUUUCUCGCUGAUAUGGAGGUCAGAGGAUUGCAGCCUGACGCGUUUACCUACAAUGUUGUGUUAUCUGCACUAUCUGAAGCAGGGAGACCAGAAGAAGCGCAUAGUAUGCUGCAUAAGUUAUCUGAGAGUGGAAAAUUGUCUCAAAGCUUUUCUUCUCCCCUCUUGAAGCCUUCUUCUGUAGAUGAAACAGAGUCAGGGAAGGAUCACGAGGGUAAUACUGAGGAAGAAACUGGUGGAAAUCCACAAGAUAGUGCUCUGGAGGCCUACACAAAACGCGUAAAUGAGCUAUGCACCGGUGGGCAAUUCAAAGAAGCUAAGGCCAUUUUGGAUGAGAUGAUGCAAAAGGGAAUGUCUGUUGACAGUUCAACGUAUAUAACUUUGAUGGAAGGGCUUAUCAAGAGGCAGAAAAGGCAAACACAUGCAGCUGGGUAGUACAUACCAUUGAUCUUUGCUGCUCUUUGAUGUGGCAUCAGCCGGAGUUUAGUCAUAAAUCUGGUAAAUUUGAGUGCUUGAUAUCUCGGAGGAGUGUGAUGGGCAUAAAAGAAGCAGAAAGGAGCCAAGCAUAGGACACUGCUGUCUCCUUGCCCCCGCCGGCUUUGUUGGUCACGCACGGCCCACGCAGUGGACUAUGGGAAGGUAGAUACACAUACCUCUCAUCAGCUCAUUGUAAUUUUCAGUGGACUAUGACGGCCGUUCCACAGCUAAGUUUACUGCCACAUGGUCAGUAUUUUAAUUCACCUGUUCGGUGCGGUGUAUAUAUACAAGACUUCACAAAUGGACAAAUGAAUGCAGGUACUGCUUUUGUUUCUGUGUUCCGUGACCGAGUGACUGGUACUUCUGCAUUCUUUUUGUCAAUGCGAGUAGUGGCCACUACUAUACUGUGAUGUGACUUGGAAUUUGGAAGCUUCAGUCAACUUCUUAUGGCUUGAGACGGCCGGUAUUUUAUAUCGGGCCUACUCAUACUGUAUCGUCUUUGCUGAUCUUAUGGGCCUGUUCAUAAGAAAAAACAAGUGUUAAUUUGAUUCGCACUUUGGAAAGAAGCGUUCAGGUUCAUUUGAUACCUACAACGGAAGUUGAGAACUUGAGGCGAGGUGCUUCCUUACUUACUCGCCCUUGACCCGACUACGGAGGGAAGAGAUUCCAGGCGAAGAAUGUUGGCAUAUUGUUGAAACCAAGCGGCUAGUUAUAAGAUGCAAUAGUUGUAUGGAAAUAAAAUAUUGACUUUUGCUCCCAUUUUGAACGGAUACCACGCUAGGUAUAUGUGUUCAUCA